AGGAUUUUGAUUCUACUUUCUUACCUCAAAGACGUGUAAGAAAGUACACAAAUCGUCUCAAAUCUGGUAUAAAUUCUUCUGAUAAUUCUGAAAUCGAAGCUAAUCAACCUUUAGAAUCUUCUGAAUUUACUACUGAAGAAGAUGAAGUUACAAGUGAAUCCAAUGAUGGUGAAUCUAAUGAUAAUGGUGAUUUUGAAAUAUUUGAGGAUUAUACACCACCGGAUUAUGAGUCAUUUCAAGAUUCACCAAAUUCAACAUUACAGAGUCUGCAACUAAGGCUUUGA